AUGCCAACAUUUCGAAUAUUUCAUUUUUUCUACUCUUUGUUGUUGAUUCAGGAUGGCCGUCUAAGACUUGGUGAUCAUAUCGUCUGCAUUCGAGAUUACAAUGUUCGAGGAUAUGGUCCGGAUCAGGUGGCUACAGUACUGCGUCAAACCAUAUCAAGUUGUUUAAGUGAUAGCUUGCUGAUAUCCAACAUAGUUGCAGACUCCCUGCCUAUAGAUGAUACAUUAAACGUAGCUUUGAUAAACACAACCCCGUCUUCAGUUAAUACCGCCACUACCGCCACAGCCACAACAACAGUAACUCCAACUCCAAACACACUUUCAGCAGCAUUCACUAGCAUUACUGAUACUAAUAUUAAAUUAGAUAGAAGUAGUUCCACUCCAAGCCAAAUUGUUCCAAGUCACAUGGAGUCUGACGAGAUCAUUGAUACCAGUAAACGACUGUUGGCAAAUCCAAGUGUUUUGAUCAGACUGAUUGUGGCUCGUCCAGCCAAUGGGAAUCCCGUGGAUCUAAGUGAAAUUAGUUUGAAGCAACAAAUUCUGUGUCAGCAGAAUCAUGUUCUUGAAUGA